CGGAUUACAUCGACAAAGUACAAUCAAGAAAUCCGCAGUACUAUUUUCUCCGUGCAGUAAAACACUGCUGUAUGGGCAUAGCAACCCUUCUCUAGCUUGAAAAGCAGCUAGGCGAAAACAUUAUCUUGAUAAUCUCGCAAAAGCACACACACUACCAUCACUGCGACAAACCAUUUCCGCUCUCAACUCCGCCAUCGAAUAAGGAACACUGCUCAUCGUGCCAUUCUUGUGCCUCGUCGACAAUAAUCCGCCGUGCAUUGCCACCAGUUCGUGUAAAGAGCCAUAAACAACACGCAAAACCACUUCUCCACCUGAUAGAUAAAAGCGGCUCAAUUCUCCAGCGACCGGGGCAAUCGCGAAGCAGGAUCGACACGGAUUUGGUCAGAGGUGUGAUCAAACUCCGACCAAGAAGAUCAAAAUCCACACGAAAAGAUCCCGUGUCAUCCACGAGACAUAAAAACCAACGGCGAAGGAGCAUAAUUCCUAUUGGAACAUGUUCCAGUUGGACAUUGCCAGUGGGAAAUCAUUCCAACUGUGCGAACACGAUUCGAACGAGGCAUAAGCAGACCGGCCACGAGUCAAAUCAUCACCGUGGUUGUGGGCAAAAAACACCUAGGAGAAACGCAGAAGCCUUCAAAGAGAAGGCUUCUUUACUGGAGCUGAUUCCCGACCCAGACGUUAUCCAGGCGGGAAGCACGUAGUUCGAGGUAGAGGGCAGAAGACCGGCGUAGGCCCGCUCGGUCCUACAUACAAGCAUUCGUCCAGUGGGAUUGCAGCACCAGGCACUGCGGAGUAACGUCGCUCCACGAACGACCCUGUAUACCAUCGUGCCACGGAUGGUCAGGCGAUGACGAGCAUCUGUGUGCUGAUACUGCGAGUAGCAUCGUGCAGUGAUCCGAUGAGCACGGCGAAGUAGGAGCGAGUGUCGACAACGAGCACCUCGGGUGGGUAGGAACACCGGCCGACAAGUGCAUUAGGGCAGCACCGCUUCCGCGGGGCCGAAUGUUCCGUGAGUGCUCGUCGACGAAGGAGUCGCCUGUGACGACAGUAAGCGCCGCGAGCAAGUAGUAGUUGUGGAGAUAAGUUUCCCAUGAAUCGGGAAUUCGAAAGCUGAGCCGCCAAACGGUGCGGCGUUCUGAAUUGCAUCAGCGGAUGCGUGCGAACGACUUUCCGCUUGGAAGCGGAGAUCACAACGGGGCCCCGUCCAGCAGCAGCAGCUACCAGCGAAGAAGCACCAAGUGGCAGUCGAUAUCAGUCAAAAUCAGUCAAGUGAGUGUCUUAGUGAGUCGUGUCGUGUCAUAAGGAUGGAUAUUCUACACCUUUCGGAUGACGAAUUGGACUUCGAGAUCAAGCUCAGGAAGCAGGACCCCAGCAGUUGCAGAACAAGAAGGGAGAAAACUGGAAAGUUGCGUACGAUCAUCGAGGUGGAGCGAUCAACGAUGGAGGUUCCAGACACAGCGGAUCAUGUUCUCAAUCAAGCAGAACAUAUCGACUACUGUCAAAAGCAGCUACGAAACAUCAAUAUCCGCUUGACGAAGGCACUAGAACAGGAAAGUUCGACGGAGUUGGCCGUAUGCAGAAGCAAGUUGUUACACUACAGAGGUAGGGUAGCAAUGAUCACAGACAAGGAUUUGGAAGUGUAUGUGCGAAAACUGGAAAGUUAUACGGAUGAAGCGCUCCAGAGAAUCACACACUUCUUCAACAGUGUCACUCUAUUAAGCCCACCACCAACAACAAAGGCUCCAGGGGAUGUCCCAAUCCUACCGGAGGUGGAAGAGCUGGCGAAGCAACUACAACAAUCGAAUCUACAAUCAAGCCUCAACGAUCUGCGUCACAAAACAGCCCACAAAUCGCUCUUUGGGAAUUCACCGGGCGGUGAACACCUCCAGCUGCCCCGAAUUCCACGUGAAAGUUCCAGACACGAUCAGCAGAUCUUCGGAGGACAAACGCCAGCAUUUCCCAGGAUGAAUCCAUCACCUGUGCUUCAACACCAAACCGGUGCGCAAGCGCAGCAGCCAGCGAAUCAUGAACCGAUCGACGUCCGAGACGAAGUAAUACGGUACCUGCUACAGGGACGAGGAGAUCCAGCUCGUAACUCCGUCAACCAUAUGCCGCAACGCUUCCGCUCCACGCAACCCAUACACAAAUGGCCGUUCUCAUACGCGGGGGAGGCCAACAUAAUGCAGUUAGCGGUUUUCUUGAAUCGGGUUAAAACCUACGCGGAUACGGAGGAAGUAGACGAGAUAUCACUACUACGUGGAGUUAAACAUCUACUAAGAGGACGAGCGUUGGAAUGGUACAUCCGCUCAUACCACAACUGGCCAACCUGGGAGCACUUUAAGAAAGACAUCAAAAAGGAAUUCCUUCCCCUUGCGUACUCUCAGCACAUGAAGCGUGACCUGUACUGGCGCCUACAAGGCCCGGAAGAAUCGUUCCUGGCGUACUAUCGGGACAUUCUCGCGCUUUUUGAAGUGGUUGAACCACCGCUUUCAGAUCACGACCGGUUCUACAUUAUGAAAUCCAACCUGAAUCCAGAGUUUGCAGCUAUUGCGUCGGCAUCGCGAGCGGGUUCGGUAGACGAGUUGAUCGGCGUCUGCAAGGACUACGAUGAAGCUCGAAGAUACUCUCAUCGUAGCCGAUCAUCACAAACUCAGAGGCCGUUCAACACACCCCAAGGAACCAACAACGCUCCCCAAAGGGUAAUGAGGCCGGCGACAGCAGGGUAUUCAUGGAAUCGUCCACCACCAGCUCGUCAACAACAGGUAAAUGUGCUGGAAGGAGAAGAAGUUGACUUUCCAGAACACGCGGAACAGGCAGUUUCUGCCCUACAAACCGAGAACCUCGACAACGAAAUUUCAGCCGGUUCGGGGUCAGCGACACAAGAAAUCAAUGCCCUGAGAAGCAAUAUAUGGCAACCGAGACCGACUGCGCAAUCUACCAGACCAGCACAGCCCCCAAACAUUACCUGCUGGCAGUGUGAGCAACAGGGUCACACGUUUCCGAAUUGCCAAAACCCUAAAACCUACAUAUUCUGCUACUACUGUGGCAAGAAGGGUACAAUUUCGCGUAACUGCCCAGAUUGCAUCACCAGAUUAGCGCAAGCUGUUCCACAAGCAACUACUGCUCCGGGAAACGCAUGUCCGGGGUUUCUUCAAUGA